UGGAAUUCCAUGAACGGAAGUUCUUUUAGUUUCAUUUUCUGAUUCAUGUAUGUAGUGACAUGUUGAGUGACAACAGAGAAACGUUUUGCUGCUAAGAUGCUAUUGUGAUAAAAUGGGAGUUACUGUUAGACCCUAUGACCAAGAAUACUGUUAUUUACUGUUGACACCAGUGGAGAUAAAUUAGUGGGGCCAAUUAUGGAAAUCGGGAUAAAAGAAAAUGACCAUACCGACGACCCAUCUGAGGAAUAUCCUCAGCGUCACAAACAAAAGACUGCCGCACAAUACGAACAGAAACCCGAGGACGAUGUACAAACACCGCCUUUACAAACAAAACAGACAGAUGAUCCAGGCACACAAAAUCCACAAUCUCCCAGAAAGGAACAUCGACAAAACCCAAAGGCAGAGAAUUCUAAAAGUGGUGGGAAUAAGAAGAAGGGAAACGCACCAAAGAAGAAACCUGAACAAAAGCAUACAUACCAUGGACUGUGUGAUGUUAUCUUCCACUACCUCUCCAGCACAGAGACUGCAAGGAGGUUCCUCCACGGCAAACUCCCGUCCAACGUCACGGUCCUGAAACAGAAUGAGGAGGAGGAAGGGGAGAAAUCUUUUGCUGAUUGUAACCGAAGCCUACGGUCCACGCUGGACCUCCCUGUGGGCACCAUUGUACAGGAUAUUGAAACAUUGCUAUUCCGAGCCUGGUUUUGUUACCAAGAAGAAGCCGAGAUGUUGGCAUGGAUGGAGGUUCUGCCGGCAGAACGUCGGGCCUACAGCCUAUCUAACAAGCUAGCUUCUAUUAACAUGCUCGCAGGCACAGUGUCCGGGGGUGCUAUGGUAUCGCCAACUGUAUUUGUCAACCAUUGGUCGAUCCCGCAAAAUGUGCAAGUCACAUUUGAACACGAUGAAGAAGUUUUGUCUAUCACCAGAGUGCAGUUAACCACUAACCCUUCUGAAGAAGUCAAGGAGGUGAUGGAAAUACCAUAUAAUACAUUAACUGAUACCGUGAUAGCCCAUUACAGCAACAAUGCAUGGUGCCUUUACAUUGGAUUGAAAAACCCACCAAAACUGCUGGAAAAAUCUCAGACUCAGAGACGAAAAUCUACCUUUAUCGAGGAGAAAAGGUUGGUUCGCCUGUCAUCCGUCACAAUUGAAGAUAUAGGCGAUACGUCUGUAUUAUGUAUAGAAGUUCCUGACGUUAAAACAUCCGGGUCCUGUGCGAAGAAGGAAUCAGGUGAACAAGAUGGAAUGUGGGCGGUUAUAGCCAGACUAAAGCGGCACGGUUUCUCCAUUUCCUAUGCCAGCGUUUCAAAUAUAGCCUCAGAGGACCGCCAAGUAAGCGAAAUUAAGUUCAACACAUUUGAUCUUGAUUAUGCAUGGGAAUGUCUUCUCUCUUGCGGAUUUAAAGUCAGAGAUGCUAUAACUCAGCAGGCGAUGGUGAUGCUUGAGGAACAAAAAUCUGCUCUGACUCCAGAAAUUUUCCAUGAAAUGACAAUUUCAGCUGACAUUAGUCAGUUUUUCGAAUUCGAAAGAAUUCUAGCGAAAAGCCUACAAAAUGUCUACCGUCCGAAUGUCAUAGACGAAAGGGAGGAGCUACCGUCUCAUUUUUCUUUGACACGGCGUAUCGUUGUUACUCCAACACGGAUGAUUCCACUUCGGAAAGAGCCAAUUGUCCAAAAUAGGAUUAUUCGCCAAUAUAAUGACGACUUCUUCAUCCGUGUGAUAUUCAGAGAUGAAGAUUUUACACGAUUGAGUGCUGCACGUUCGGAAGGAUUGAAGAAUAUCACGGGACGGAUACGAAAAUUCAUGGACGCUGGAUUCAAAAUUGGUGAAAGGAGAUAUGAGUUCUUAGCCUGUUCAAACAGCCAGCUACGUGAACACGGAGUGUGGUUCUUUUGUCCAAACAACGGCGAGACUGCAGAAAGCAUCAGAAUCGCGGCUGGUGACCUCACAAAAGAGACUUGCAUUGCCAAGUAUGUGUCGCGCAUGGGUUUGUGUUUCUCUGCGUCUAGAGCUACAGUUGAAGUCGACGUAGACCAUGGUUCUGUGAAAUUCACUGAGGACAUAAAAUCAGGACCUUUUUGCUUCACAGACGGCAUAGGGAAGAUAUCAGUUCCCUUGGCGAAAAAGGUUGCGGAUUCAUUACGGAUGGAUCCAGUUCCCUCCGCAUUUCAGAUCCGUUACGGUGGCUGUAAAGGUGUCGUCUCCAAGGAUCCCACUCUUGGAAAUUCAGAGCAAAUCCACAUCCGAGAAAGCAUGCGCAAAUUUGAUUCUCCAUCGAAAAAUCUUGAAAUAUUACAGACAACUCAUCCAGGUCAGCUAUACCUAAACAGACAAGUGAUCACUCUAAUGUCUGGCCUUGGAGUCCCAGAUACAGUAUUCCUAUCACUGCAGGAGAAAAUGCUCUUCAACAUGGCUGACAUGCUUAUUCGUAGCAGCAGAGCCCUGCGUGCACUAGCAGAUGUCAAUAUAGGAAUAAGAUAUAAGGACUUGAUGAAGGCUGGGAUAUCUUUUACUGACGAAGCGUUCUUCAGAUCAGUGCUGAUGACAAUAUACAAACGCAAACUUGGUGAGUUGAUCCGAAAAACCAGAAUUGAAGUAGAUUAUGACCAGGGCAGAAUCAUGAUGGGAGUUGUCGACGAGACAGGGAUACUGAUGUAUGGACAAGUCUUUAUCUCAUACACGAAGCAUGACGGAAUGAAUUUCAAAGGUACUCAGAUUCUUGAGACAGAAGUCGUCGUCGCUAAAAAUCCCUGCUUUCAUCCAGGUGAUUUGCGUAAAUUCCAGGCAGUUGAUGUACCAGAACUCCAUCAUCUCGAAGACUGUAUUGUUUUCCCUCAAAAAGGACAAAGACCACACCCAAAUGAGAUGUCUGGCUCAGAUUUAGAUGGAGACAUGUACUUUGUGUGUUGGGAUAAGUCUAUGCAUCCUCCGGGAGAAAACAAAGAAGCCAUGGACUAUGGAAAUGCUAUCCAGCAAAACAUAUACAGAACAGUGCAAGUGUCGGAUGUGACAAACUUUAUAUCAGAAUACAUCAGAAACGAUCAGCUAGGCGUUAUCGCCAAUGCACACGUUGUGCAUGCAGACUUAAAAAAUAUAUUUUGUCCAGAAUGUAUCACACUAUCGAAGAAACAUUCGGAUGCCGUAGAUUUUCCAAAGACCGGGGUUGUACCAGAAAUGACUGCUGACUUGAGAUGUGAAAAGUAUCCAGAUUUUAUGAUGAAAUCUGACAAACCUCGAUAUACAUCGAAUGGUGUAUUGGGGAAAUUGUACCGCCAAUGUAGAUCAUUGGAGCAAGCCCACAACCGUACGUAUGAUUUGGACCUUCUCCAAAGCGCCACUGUUGUUGAUACGACCUUGCGGUAUCCUGGAUACGAAACAUACUUAGACUCUGCACGUCUAUCCUACGACAUGUACAAUGAAAAGAUCUUACAAUUGAUGUCUCUAUACGGAAUAGAAACUGAAGCAGAAAUUGUCACCGGUAUCAUACAGAAACUCAAGAAGAAGCGUGGUUACCUCCAGAAUGAAAAAUACGAAGUAGGGAAAAUAAUCCAGGGCAAGAUGAGCGUUAUCAGGCAAAAGGUGCGUAAUGACUUCUUCGAGGAGUUCGGCGGGGAAGAGGAAGGAAAAUCCCUUUCUUCAGGGAACAGGAACAAAUUCCUUGCAAAAACGUCGGCAUGGUACGUUGUUGCCUAUGACGUAAGGUUUCAGAGCGUCACGACAGGGAAGCGGUUUGUGAGUUUCCCGUGGAUAAUGAGUGAGUUUCUGUCUGAUAUAAAGGCAACUGCAGGUCACUCUACUAGCGGAGAAACCAUUAACAUACCAACUGAUCAAGAACGAUUAAUGCUGGUCCGAAUAGGUUCUUCAGUAAUUCGGCAUUACGAUAUGAGAUACGAAGAGCGAAUGUACACAUUUCAGCUUCUGAAUGAAUGUGUUGACUUGAUUUCUCGUAACCUCCAUCGGCAUUAUGACACAACGAUACGUUUGUCACUAACAGGAAUGCAGUCUUUGUGUCUGAUGGAUAUGUACUCUCGCGAAAUUUGCAUCUGUCUGCAAUCGGAAAAGCGAUUGAGCCCCCCUGAUUUCAAUAGACUGGUUGAUAGUGUUAUGCAUGGUUGUUGGCCUGUAGCUCAAGGAUCAUUCUUGUUUCCACUAUAUGAGGAAACAGUGACUGUCACUUUCACCCAAGAUACCGUCAACGUGCAGAGAACGAAUUUCAUCAGGCAACAACUGCAGACACGUCCAUGCUAUACACUCAUCAUGACAUUUCUUCUCGACUGGGCGAGGAAGUAUGGACUUAUUGGAAGAUCGAGAAUGUCAUCGUUUAACGAAGUUGUCUUUGCAAUACUGGUUCUCCACCUCCUGUCAGAUGGUGACAAUAACUCCACAAAAUCAAUACGUGACGACGUUAGGCAAACAGAUGGAUCUCCUUGCUUUCCGGGAAAGAUUACAUCGAACGACCAGGCUGACACAGCUAGGCUGCUGCUGGCCGUCUUAAGGACGUUCAACUCUUUACUGAAAAGAGAUCAGAAAGGUGACAUCCGAAUACAAACGGUAGAUCCGACAGAUAGGAACGGCAAACGUUUGCUAGUGCCCAAAAAACUGGAAUGGAGGACAUGCAAACAUCUGAUAGAGGAAAUUCUCUUCGCUUACCAAGAAAUUGCAAAAUCCCGAUCGGUCAAUGUCUUCUUUGAACACAAGAUCAUUGAAGAGAGUCACCUAAUGAUGAAUCUGCCGUUGGAAAUAUGGGGAUCUGUGAUGCACGCAGAAACUUACACUGCCAGGAGGCUGUCAGAAGAAACUGGUGCCGAAAUCAGCAUACGAAGGAAGUCAUUUAGGGAUACCCCAGGGCUUAUACUUGAAGCGUGGGGAACAAGCGAGGCACUGUUCAAUGUUCAACAAUCCCUUCAAGAUCUCAACGAUAAAUCCUCUAAGUUCAUUACCACCUCAGCCCGUGACAAAGCCUUCAUUGAUGGCGCGUUCAAGCACUUAUUUUACGGGGCAACAAGUUCUGAGCAGCAACUCACAUUCACACGGUAUUACGGCAAACGUCAACCGCAUCACAAGGAACUCCCGUUAUACGUUGCGUCCGUUGACUCACCCAACCAGGAUACCAGUGUAUGUCAAGACAUGUUUAAAGAAGUAUUCCGGAGACAGUUAGAGGUUAUCCGACAGGAUUUCGAGAACACCUACCACGGAGAUCUUAGAAUGGCACUAACAUUUGGAAUAUACUACUUAAUCUAUGUAGAUAACCCACAGUUCACGAUUUCAGAACUUGAAAUGGAAAUGGAAAGCCAUGCCAACCGCGCGGAAAAAAAGUUAGAACUGAACUUGCCAGGACGUGGGAGAUGGCGAAAUCGCAAAAGGCACGGUCGUUUUACAAAACCUAAACCAAGACAUAUACGUGGAUCGUUCAUGCCUGUUGAAUGUGACAAAAGCAAUGUCGGUGCUUUCCUUGAAAACUCUUGUUUUAAAGAACGUCAUGAAGAAGUGAAAUAUCACGCAACCUUUUCGAUCGGCAAUCAAGAUUAUGGGAAACGACACGAAGGUCUCGUAAUCCUUGACAAAGAUCUCGUAUUCAUUGAAAUGCGGCUGUCAGACUUGAAGUGGAUGGCUGUUGACGUCUGUCGUGGGUAUGGGGGCAAGUCCAAUACGAAUAAACGCUUGGAUGUCCGAUGUAAACUUCAGUCAAGACGUGUCAUGGAUUUGGAGGGAGUGCAGGAAAUGGCAGAUACGAAAGUCCUCUUGGAUCGUAACACACCUGUAUUGGUGAAACCAAGCAUUAAUGCCCUGUAUGUUUCUACGGAGUUUAGGGACAGAGUAUCGUUCGUGAGAGAGAAGCAUGUGAAAUCGUACCGUUACGACGGCCCAGUGAAUGAGUACAGCAUAUGGCGGGACAUGAGUAUUGAAAUAGCACGUGUAGUUGAGUAUUCAAUACCAGAUGCAAGUGGCAGAUUUCAGGACAUAGUGGAAAAACAGGAAGCCACUGUGUUACCUAAACUUCCUCAACUGGAAACAGCAGAUGCUGAAUGGGAGCAGUACGCACAAGACAUCUGGGAACUUAUAGAAUAUUUAGGGAAACAGUUUGAUUCAGACAUGAUGUAGAAGAGAACUUAUAGAAUAUUUAGGGAAACAGUUUGAUUCAGACAUGAUGUAGAAGAGAACUCAUAGAAUAUUUAGGGGAACAGUUUGAUCCAGACAUGAUGUAGAAGAGAACUUAUAGAAAAUUUAGGGGAACAGUUCGAUUCAAACAUGAUGUAGAAGAGAACUUAUAAAAUACAAGAAAGUACAGGGUUAAGAUGUAUCCCAGCAUCGUGCCCCACUACCACUAUGUUUAUGCAUAUCCUGACUAGGUUGUCGACUUAGACUUGUGUGAUUGUGUGUGGUAGUUAGUUAGGUCCAUUUUUUCAUCUCAGUUUCAAAAACAGGCUAAGUAAUGUUACAGUACUUACCAUCCUUUAUAUUUCCAUAAGAAUACAUGCCGUCAUGGUUUUCAUUUUCAAAGUCAUCUAUUCUAAUGGCUUCCCUUUUGGCACAUUGACUUUACAUAAGUGUAGGAACAUGACGUCUAGUGUGAUAAUACUUGUGUACAGUGUACAUGUAGACAAUCACUAUGUAUUCCAUAUUUCGUAUUUUACAGUAUUACUAUUACUUAUAACGUAUACAACUUAAGUAUUGCGAUUAGUUUUUCCAUACACCAAAAUAUCCAAUAGGUUUAUCAACAUAAUAUCUAAAUUUAAUUUCUGUAUUUUCACAUUUUGGUUUUGCGUCUAAAUCAUUUUUCACAAGUUGUGGAAACAUUUUGGUAUUUAAAAUAGCAAUAAAUUUACUAAAAUUAUGUCAACAAACACAUAUCUACGUAUCAAACCAAGUAGAUAUUCAUUUACGUAAACUGAUAUUGAUCACAACAAGUACACGUCGAUUUACUUGAACUGAUAUAUCUCACCCUGUGAGUCUCCUGUAUAUCUUAAUGUCCCCAUCAGAGUAGAUAACGCCCUCUCACACUGUGACCCUCCUGUAUAUCUUAAUGUCCCCGUCAGAGAAGGUGAUCCAACUGCUUUAGUCGUCCAUACAUGUUCGACCUGAUGACAGGUAUGUCUGCUCUGGAUCUCCAUACAUGUUCGACCUGAUGACAGGUAUGGCUGCUUUGGUCCUCCAUACAUGUUCCGCCUGAUGACAGAUAUGUCUGCUUUGGAUCUCCAUACAUGUUAGACCUGAUGACAGAUAUGUCUGCUUUGGAUCUCCAUACAUGUUCGACCUGAUGACAGGUAUGUCUGCUUUGGUCCUCCAUACAUGUUCGACCUGAUGACAGGUAUGGCUGCUUUGGUCCUCCAUACAUGUUCCGCCUGAUGACAGAUAUGUCUGCUUUGAAUCUCCAUACAUGUUAGACCUGAUGACAUAUAUGUCUGCUUUGGAUCUCCAUACAUGUUCGCCAUGAUGACAGGUAUGGCAGCUUUGGAUCUCCAUACAUGUUCGACCUGAUGACAGGUAGGGCUGCUUUGGAUCUCCAUACAUGUUCGACCUGAUGACAGGUAUGGCUGCUUUGGUCCUCCAUACAUGUUCCGCCUGAUGACAGAUAUGUCUGCUUUGGAUCUCCAUACAUGUUAGACCUGAUGACAGAUAUGUCUGCUUUGGAUCUCCAUACAUGUUCGACCUGAUGACAGGUAUGUCUGUUCUGGUCCUCCAUACAUGUUCGACCUGAUGACAGGUAAUCAAUACGUACACAAAGCAUGGCCAUUUGUAUUGUUGUCCAGGAUUAUAUACCUCUACACAAUAGUGAAAUACUUUAUGUGAUAAAAGUAACCGUGACCCAGACGAAAGUCCUUUACUCAUUUUCGAAGAAAGGCCAAUAAGUAUAGUUAUGACAGGUUCAAAAUGCAGUCAAAGCUGCAUAUAGCGGUCAAGACAAAUGUGUUUUUUCUGCAAAGGUUUGAUAACUGUGAAACAUUUUGCAUAGAAACAGGUGACCUACGUAGAUAGUUUUUAUGUAGAGUUUGUGAGUUUGCUGUAUAGAGGUGAUAUUUUUAUAAAAGGUUUUUUUAUGCCUGUGAUCUUUAUAGAUUAAAUACAUUUGGCAUCUAUACAUUUUCUAUGAUCUUGCUGUUUUUGUUAUAUACAGGCGAGCGGGGUACAAUAUAAAUUGAAGAUUUUGGUGUUUACUUAUACGUGUAGAUUUAUGACUAUAAUUGAACAUAGUUGUUCAAUAUGUAUUAUUGCAUUUAGUUUGUGAUACAUGCAUUUUUAUAUUGUUUUUCAAAUGUAUAUUUUUGUAUAUCUUAUAUUGACCAAAUUUAUUUGGUAUAGAAUCAUAGAAAUGUAUUUUUUAUAGUUUUUUUUUUUAUUAUUUUUAAGACAUUUUAAAUGCAUAAAUACAAAGGAACCACACAAUAUUUAUGGUUUACAAUUAUCAUAAUAUCAUCUUCACCAUCAUCAUGACCAAGAUACUUCAUCAUCAUCAUACUCAUCCUCAUCAUCAUUAGUAUCAUCAUUAUCAUCAUCAAUUAAACUAGGACGAGAAGUACAUAUAAAACCAUAAAUACUCUUAUAUAUGUGUAAACAUUCAGAUCAACAUACAUACACCCUCACACACACAUACAUAUUCAGUUUCCUGGUAGCCUGAUCAAUCCUGUCGAGGGCUCAGCUUCUGUGUUGGUCAUUGUCAUGUAACUUAACAUUUGGGAUGAUAAUCAGAAAAAUCAUGAAUUAUUUACUGAAUAUACAGCUUAAUGUAUGC